UCCUCCACGCACCACGUUCAGAAUCUGUGCUGAAAAAGAAAAAAGAAAGAGUCGGAGGCGAAGAGUAAACUUGACUGUAAAGCCUGUCAGUGUCGCGCUGCUGACGUCACGACCGGCGUCUCCACCUUCUUAGAUGUGGCUUGAGAGGUGGCUGCCUCCGAAGUGUGUCUCGUGUGUUGCCGUGUAGAUGCUGAGGAUAUGCGGGCGUGGUGUGGUGCUGAGCCUGGCCGUGGCGGCGGCGGCUGUCAUGGCCGUGUGGUUGAUGGACUGGUGGGGUCCCCGCCCUGGUCUUCGCCUCUUCGCACCCGAGGAGCUAGCCCGCUAUCGCGGCGGCCCAGGGGACCCGGGCCUGUACUUGGCGCUGCUCGGACGUGUUUACGACGUGUCCUCUGGCCGGAGGCACUACGAGCCUGGGGCGCACUAUAGCGGCUUCGCAGGCCGGGAUGCAUCCAGAGCAUUUGUGACAGGAGACUAUUCUGAAGCCGGCCUUGUGGAUGAUGUAAAUGGGUUGUCCUCCUCUGAGAUACUGACGCUGCACAAUUGGCUUUCAUUCUAUGAGAAACAUUAUGUAUUUGUCGGAAGACUGGUUGGAAGGUUCUACAGAAAAGAUGGGCUGCCCACUUCAGAACUAACCCAAGUAGAAGCCAUGGUGACUAAAGGCAUGGAGGCAAAUGAACAGGAACAGAAAGAAAAGCAGAAGUUCCCACCAUGCAAUGCUGAGUGGAGCUCUGCUAAGGGCAGCAGGCUCUGGUGCUCCCAAAAUAGUGGAGGUGUGCACAGAGACUGGAUUGGUGUCCCCAGGAAGCUGUAUAAGCCAGGGGCCAAGGAGCCACAUUGUGUGUGUGUGAGAUCAACUGGCCCUCCUAGUGACCAGCAAGAUAACCCUAGACACUCAAAUCGUGGGGACUUGGACAACCCCAACUUGGAAGAAUACACAGGCUGCCCACCACUGGCCAUCACAUGUUCCUUCCCACUCUAAGAUGUUGCUGACACAUGGCGAACCUUCCCUAGAUCUACAGAAAACCCUCCAUCUUGUGCCCUAGCAUGGCUCCUGGCCUGAAAUAGGAGUGUCAAGGACUCUAGCCACACUCUGCAAAUGAGGGUCACAAUUCUAUUGGCUGAGACAAGAGCCUGAUAGCCUACCUCGUAUGGUCAGCUUGUUUUGACUGGAACUGCUGUCCUCUGUCGCCUUCCUUCAGAGCCUGCAGACAUUAAUAAACACAGUGAAAUCACCACAGAACUGCUUGGAUAAGAAGCCUGAGAGCUCCAGCAGGUACUUCCAUAGACUCAGUGCUGUCUGAAUCAGAGCUUGGACUCUGCCCUUCAUGCCAGUCCUGAUGGUACUUGGAGCAGUAGCACAACAGGAUUGUGGCUCUCAGUGGAAAAUCAGGUAUUUCCCAAGAAGCUUUGCACCUUAGUAAAAUGAAGGUAACUGUUCUAAGUCACAGGGUAAUUGACUAAGCUCUUAAUUUCUGACAUUUGUGACAUUUCUAAAACCUCUACUCCCAAGGCAAACUUGAAUGCACUGACUCUGUAAUAGCUGGGAUGUCCAGUGAGGGGAGAUAAUAAACUGGGAUAGUAGAUUCUGGGGCUUGACUUACACAGAUGGAGCACACCAUAACCCCCCUGCCUUGGCGUGCAUGAAACAGCUUUUUACUCAUAUUGCUAGUGGAAAGCUGUCCCUCACUGUUGCACAUUUACGAGGCUCUGCUGCAGGUCUCCACCCGCCGUGGAUCCCUCCUCGGCCGCACAGCAGCAGCGCUUCUUAGCUGCCUUUCUGGUUCUGGUUUUCCUUUUCCAGACAGGGUGUCAUUAUGUAGCUCUAUCUAUGCUGGAAGUCACCAGAUAGACUGGGCUGGCCUGGAACUCACAGAAAUCCACCUGCCUCUGCCUCCUGAGUACUGGGAUUAAAGGCAUGCACCUCUAUGUCCUACUAAUUCUUACCUAUCUUAAUCUCUGUUACUUUUUUUAAAUUGAAUAUCCUCUUCUUUUACAUUGCCAAUGGUAAAACCUUUCCAGAUCUCUAUUACUUUUUUUUUUUUUUAAAUCACUUGACUUUUUGAGACAAGAUCUCAUGUUUCCCGGUCAGCUUUGAAGCCCGUAUGUAGGCAUGUGCUAGCAUGCCCAGUUUAUCCGUGAUGAGGGACUGAGUGAGCCGGAACUGUGUGCAUGCUAGGCAAGCCCUUACCGACUGAGUACCCCAGGCCCUUGCUCGUCAUUGCUCUUGGCUCUGACCAUGACAGCCUGCAAGGUCCCCAAAGCCCUCACUUGCUGCCCGGGCCUCACCCUCAGGUGUUCCUCCUGUGUCUCUGAAGCGUCAUCCCUGGGAACCCCUUCUCUCUUGCUUUUUCUUUCCCCUACUUCAGGCAGUACCCUUUGCGGCAGUAUCUCCAAUCAGCUUGAUAAUGAAGAUGUCUGUGAGCUCUGCAGGCACUGCAACCCCCACACUGUUUUUUCUUUUGUGUACAUGAUAUAUAUAUAUUAACAUGUUAGAUGUCUUUCUAUCUCUCUCUACCUUAUAUGAGACAAGUCUCUCACUGAACUUGUAACUCACUUAUUUGGCAAGACUAGCUGGCUAGAAAGCUCUAGGCUUCCUUCUGUCACUUCCUCCCCAGGCUAUGAUAGAAGUGUGUCCCCAUCCCUGACUUUUUACAGGAAUCUGAACUCUGGUCCUUAUGUUUAUACGGCAAGCACUUUACCAACUGGGCAUCUCCCCAGCCAUACAAGCUCCAUACUUCUAACACCUUCAUCCUCCUUGUCACCGGAUGCCAGUCAUGGUUUCACCUGUCAUCUUGACACAAACCUAGAAUCACCUGGGAAGAGAAUAACUGAGGAAUUAUCCAGAUGACAUUAGCCAGUGGCCUGAGGCAUGUCUGUGAGGCAGUUUCUUUCUUUCAUUCUUCUUAAAAAAUACAAAACAAAACAGCAUUUCUAUAUGUAGCCCUGGCUUCCCUUGAAUUUACCAUGUAGACCAAGUUGGCCUUGAACUCAGAUUCCUCCACCUCAGCUUUCUACUGAGACUAAAGGUGUGAAGCACCAUGCCUGGUCCAUUUUCUUUAACUGCUAACAGAAGGUGCGACACAGCCACUGUGGGCUGUGUCACCCAUGAGCAGAUGGGUGUUUCAGGAUAGUUGAUCACACUGUGAACCUUGAGAUUGUGUUUCUAGUUGUGGUAUGGCUCAGCCCUUAGCAUAGACCUUUAAUCCCUCUGGCUAGAAUACAGACGGGCCCUUAGGAUACACCUUUAAUUCCAAAUAAUGAAAGUAAAGUUAGUUUAUAGAAGGAAGCAGCCUUGUUUGAAAGUGAUGUCUAACUGAGUGGCAAAGUGAUGAAUUAGAGAAUGAUUUGACAAUAGGAUAUGCCCAACUCUCACAAGAAGAGAGGAAAGGGACGCUACUUAAGGGAGUGGUGUGGAGAGAGGGGAAACAGUUUCAUUGGGACAGUUGUACAGAAACAGGUGGCAGAGAGAGAGAGAACAAGCUAGACACAGGUGACAGCAGAUCAAGGCAGAGAAUGAAAAGAAGCCAGAAGAUUAGAACAUCUUGCCAAAGUUAAUAUGAGGCCAGGCAGAGGCAAUUCAGAGAGUGAAAGAGAGGAGUCAGAUUGAGUAACUCAGCUUGGAGAGAAGUUUGAGCCAGAAUAACUGAAUGAACCAGCUAGUCAGAGCUCAGAAAGAACUAGAAAAUGGGGUGAGUUUAUUCAUCAGUAAGUCUCAGGGGCCGAAAACAUUUUAGGCCUACAUAAGACUGUGUGAAGGUGCUGGGUGGUGGUGGCGCAUGCCUGUAAUCCCAGCACUCUGGGAGGCAGAGGCAGGCAGAUUUCUGAGUUCGAGGCCAGCCUGGUCUACAGAGUGAGUUCCAGGACAGCCAGGGCUAUACAGAGAAACUCUGUCUCAAAAAAAAAAAAAAAAAAAAAAAAAAAAAAAAGACUAUGUGGAGGCUAGAGGCUUCCAGCUAGGUUGAUAGACUGAGGCAGUGAGCCUCAGAGACUUUUACAGGUUACUUUCACAGGUAGACCUGGCUGUACAAGAGAGGCAGCUGAAGCCAGGAAUGGAGGCAUACACCUUUAAUCCCAGCACUGGGAAGCAGAGACAGGUGGAUCUCCAAGUUUGAGGCCCAUCUGUUCUACAGAGCGAGUUCUAGGACAGCCAGGGAUACAUAGCAAGAGUGUCUUUGAACUGGAAGACAAAGGUGGCAGCUGAGCCAGCCAGCCAGUAGCACUGCUCUAUAGGUUCUGCUUCACUGAGCUCCUGUGGAUUUCCCUCAGUGGUGAACUAUUAUCUGGAAGUGUAAGAGAAAAUACACCCUUUCUUCCCAAGUUGAUUUUGGCCAAGACACUACCACAUGACCAGUACCACCAUCUACAUCCUGUCUAGGGAAAAGUCUAGCAAGUGGUCCUGGCAGGCCAGUUUGUACCCUUACGUCCUGCCUGCUAGCUUUUCCUCUCCAUCCUGCUCCUGGUCUCCAGAGGCCAGCAAAGAUUGAUCCUCCAGCCUCUGCCCUGCUAUGGUUGGUCAUCUUUCUCCAGGAAGUUCCCACUUAAACCUCCCAGGGGUUCCCGUAUCUUUGAGGAUCACAUGCAGCACUGGCAAAGGGGUCCUCUGCAUUGCCUCUGGCUUUGCUUUGGGAUCUCUUCCCUCCCUAGGUGCCCUGCUUUCAGUCUCUGUAGUCCCUAGUGUUUCCACAGAAACUCUUCCUUCUGCAAGGAAAAUCUCUCCCUCCCUCCAUUAGUCUAUUUAUUUAUUUUUAUUUAAUGUACAUUGGUGUUUUGCCUACAUGUAUGUCUGUGUGAGAGUAUCACGGGAAUUACAGACAGUUGUAAACAACCAUGUGGGUGCAGGGAAUUGAACCUCUAGAAGAGCAGUCAGUGCUCUUAAUCACUGACCCACCUCACUAGCCCCUUCCAAAUUUUUUUUUACAAAAUUGUUUUAUUUGUGUUAAGUUUUAUGAGUACACUGUUGAUGUCUUCAGACACACCAGAAGAGGGCAUCAGAUCCCAUUACAGAUGGUUGCGAGCCACCAUGUGGUUGCUAGGAAUUAAACUCAGGACCUCUGGAAAUACAUCCAGUGCUCUUAACUGCGGACCCACCUUUCCAGCCCUCUCCUGUUUAUUCUUGCCCACCUGGCCUGGGUAUCUUCAUCAUCCAUAGGUUCGCAGAAUAGAUUUCAACUCUUGCACUGCUUUUUACUUGGUGUUCAGCUGUUGUGGGCAUGGUGGGGCAACCCUUUAAUCCUAGCACUUGGGAGCAGACAGGCAGAUCCUUCAAGACUAACCCAGUCUACAAAACAAGUAUCAGGCCAUCCAGGGUGACCCUGUGUCCCACCCCGCCAAAAAGUAUCUACCAUUGUGGGCCUGAACCAUCACCAUCAGUCUGACACAGGACUGACUCACUGCCAUAUUUUUGUGGACUAUGAACAUCUAUGCUUGUCCUUCCAGGCAGAGCUCAGUGAGCUGACCAAGGGCUUUGUUCUUAAUUCUACAGUCCUGUACCUGGUUCCUGAGUGCUAGGACAGAAGGGGCAGGGCCACCCAGGGUCCUAAGAAGCCCUUACAGGAUGAGUUAGAUACUACAGCUAGUUGUCUGAUUUAGGGGCAGAUUUAAGAGCUGUAGAAAAAGAACACAUUAGUCCAAGUAAGUAUUCUGAAGGUUCACUCACUAGAUUUUCAUUUUUGGGACUAGACUUGAGGGCUUUAUGAACCAGAUUUUAAUUUGCCAAUUCCUAAGCCUUCCCUGGUGUUAUCUGAAGCGCACAGUGCAAUCACCCCUGUCCCCACCCUUUUAAAUCUUGGCCUAUAGGAAGCUCAUCUUGGUGAAUACUUAGAGUUGCUUUGAAAUAGUGGAGUAAAGGAGGAAUCUAGGAUUCUUUGGACAACUUCCAUGGUGUCAGGCAGCUGAUUGCGCAGCAGCAGUCACAUGCAUCACCAUAAAGCUUUCAGCUGCUCACUCUGCAUGAAAUGCUUGUGAGGUCUGUCAGUCUGUGUCACAUGGAAUGCUAAGAGGAGGAAAAGUUGAGGGUAGCUGGUGAAGACAUUUGUUCACAAACCAAUUUUAGAUAUAUUUUUCUGAUUUAUUUUUAUUAUUUUAUGGGUAUGAGUAUUUUGCCUGUGUAUGCACAUCUGUGUAUCACUUGUGUGCGACCCUGGUGCUCACGGGGGUUGUGAGCUUGCACAUGAGUGCAGGGAAUGGAACCCAGGCCCUCCGCAGCAUUUACUCUUGACCACCGAGCCAACUCAUCAGCUCUCAUGUUAUCAAUUUUUAGAAAUUGUUUUUUAAUGUUUACUGGUAUUUUUGGCUUAGAAGUAUCUAUAAUGUCUUUAAUUAAAGUUUACACUUUAAAUUCACAAUUUUACCUCAUUUUUAUUGUAAGGAAUUAUUACAGAAAAUCAAAAUAUCAAUAUUUGAAAAAUACAUUCCAUUACACAGACUCCAAAGAAACAAUGCUGCUAAGCGCCAUGGUCCCAGCUGAUGCUGUCAUUCCCACACCGAGCACCACCAGAGAAGUUUGAGAGCCAAAGUGGUCUAUCCAAAUAUGUGCCUGCAGUUUUGGCCCAGCUGCCGCCGCCGCUUUGUCCUUGGUACCGUAAGGAUGUCAUGAAACACCCAGUUCCACACAGCUGCCAAACUGGCAAGUCAGUAAGUCCAGCAGUCCCCAGACUCCCUCACUGUAGAAAGCCAAUGUUGUCAGUUGUAAGAGUUAAUACAUUAUUUAUUCCACGCAAGAGGCAAUGAUCCUCCAGAGAAAGUCUUUAAGGCAUCUAUGACAUCUGAAUGUUAUAUUUAAUUUCCUGGUCACACACUUAGUUUUUCACUAGAUCAACUCAAUGAGCAUAGCUCAGAGCCCUUCACUGAGCUGCUUCCUCUGCUGGGCUGCCAGGGGAGCUCUGGAGCUUCAGGUAGCUCUAGGGGCUGAUCCCGAGGGAAGCCGUAUCUGUGAGGGAGACAUACAGUUACAUGCUGUUGUUGCUUCCUCUCUGGUCUAAGCAUUUGGCAGUUCAGCCACUUUUUCUCCAGGUAAGGAAAUCCUAGAUGGAGACCUGUCCUCCAUCCCUUGCCUGCAAACAAGACUAGUGCAGGAACGGUUUGUAUGGGGGAUGGGCACAAAUUGGGCAGGGUGGUGAGACCCCACACACCAAGCUUCAUGAAAGACCCAUUCAAGGAGAGGGAGGAAGCUGAUGGGUAGUCAGAAAUAACUCACGGCUCUGAGGUAGAGGACAAAAACAUCAUGUGGACCCCACUCCUUGGAGAGAAUAUGGCAGAUGAACUGAGCAGUCUAAUAUUCAGCCUGGACUGAACUGGCUAUUGGGGUGGAAUAGGCCCAAAACUUGUGUUCUAACACAUCACUGAGUGAGACACCAAUGAAAAGACAACUGGAAACAAGGGAGUCCUCAGUGUAGGCACUUAAGCUUGUGGGACAUUCUGUGUUAGAGGAUCAUAGCAAACUAGUUUAAGCACAUGGAUGGCCUGUACCUCUGUCUCUAAAAAGCAAACAAAAACCUUAAUGACAUAGUGUACAGCAGAGUUGUGAUGAGCAAGAGGCAGUUAAAAAGCUAGGGGAGUACAGCAGUGUUAAAUGAUGCAGCGGUUCUAUUUCAGUAAAGUUGAUUCUUCCUGAUUGGCUCAUUCACAACUGACAACCUUUUGAAUGAAUAAAUGAAGUUUUCCUGCUGGUUCUUAAAGUACUGAUUAAGAUAUGAACAAGAAUAGUUAAGCAAUUUCAUUGUGAAGUCUGGUCAGCAUGGAGAUAGCACAGGAGACACACAGUAAGUCUGGUCCUGGCCAGGGCAGUGUACAGGAGGAGGGCAGUGCAAUGAGCGUGGCAUGGUCAGGGGGAUUGGGGCUGUGGAAGAAUGCCUGAGCCACAUCUACAACAUGGCUACCAAUGCCCAAGGCACACAGCCCAUCUCAGCUACCACGAAGCACCACACUGACCUCUGAAGGAACAGAAGCUUGAACCUACAUAUAUUUUAGCAUGAUCUUUAGACUGUUAGUACAGUUACAAGCAAGAUUGUUACUGAAACUGGUGUGGUAGGCCAGGACAGACUGAUCAGCUUCUUCCUGAUUCCCUAUACCCCUUUUCCACAAUAAGCAAAGAACAGGUGUAUGUGCACUGACCACCCUGGUUCAUAACCAAACCAUUAUUCCCUUCCCCAUUCUUUGAUCCCCAAAGAAUCAUGGUAUCAACUGAACUCUAGGUCUCUGUGGCCCUUUUUAGGCAAUAAAAAUUAGAAACUGA